CGACCUCGGUGCGCCUUGACACCCAACUACGAUCGCGACAAGAAAUGGGGCAAUUGUUAUCGUAAGAAAUUCUUCCUCAUAUUUGGUUGAUUUUGAAAGAUUUCCACACGGAACUGUUAAUGUGGAAACUAAUACCUGUCUCUUCUUUUGAAGGUCGCAAACCAGUUCGCCCAGUGAGGCCGGUUGUUCCUCCUCCAAGAGGUCAGUUGUCGUUUUUUAAAACUUAAGCAACAUACAUUUGUGAACCAGACCCACAUCAUGAACGCGAACAUAUGUACCCACAUGAUAAGCAGGUGUAUUAAUUGUUGGUGCUUCUACGUAGUUGGCCAACUUUAAAAUAAUGCAAAUUUGUUCACAGAGAAAAGUCAUCCGUCUUCAGUUAUACCCCUUUAAAAUUUGCUUUAGCUUGAUUUGUGCUAUCCUUGUUUGCGUUCUGUUAUAGAACUGACUUAAACAAUCAUGCUUGAAUUUAUGUACUUACGAACCAUCUUUUUUUGUUUUCGUCUAGCGCGGGUUAUUCGCGUCACCGUUGGAUUAAAAGGUGAGUUUUACUGGUUAUUGUGCCAACUAUCUUCCGAGUUUCAAGAAAACUGGUGGCUUUCAAAGUUAAGGUUCUGUAAAUAGGCCACUUCCGAGUUCCAGAAACCCUCUUUUCAAAAUGAGGCCAAGUGCACACAACCUUUCUUGUGAAAAUGAGUUUUAUUUGCAUAAGAAUGAAAAAUCAUUUCCAUAUCAAAGGCUGAGCACUUAACCUUGUUUUGAUACAGGGGCGCAGUUAACUAGGAAAUGGCCUAUUCCAGUUCUGCUAAAAUAGUGCGCAUAUUUUUACAGUCCGUGGCGCAGGAUCUGAGCGUAGCCGGUACUGCAAAUGUACUCGUUCUUGCGAUGCAACCUAACAAAAGAGAAUUGCAAAGAAGAUGCAAAAAUAAAAACAUUUUUGGAUCAUCUUUUGCUCAGUGGUGUAUUGUGUUUCUUUCUGUCCCAUGACAACAAUUUGGCUAUAACUGACAAUUGUCCUGAUUGUAACGUGAUUAAUGCAGUGAACGUUUUAGCCUCACUGCUCAAGGCGUUCAGACUGUGUGGCGACAGAAGGUACAAUUUAGUCACUUCUGAGCAAUGAUUUCAAGCGUUUACAUUCAUACUUGCUUUUUGUUUACUUCAAGUUGGCACUAACUCCAGUUCUUGAAAAGGGAAUGAAACAGAGUGUAAUGUAAUUAAUGACACCAGAUCGACAGAUCGCAUUCAUCGUUAAAAGGAUAUGUCUUUUUGUAUCUAAUUAUCGGGUUGUAGUUGCUCAACUCCUCUUGUUCACAUUUUAGCCCAAGGACUGGGCUGCUACAGAGACACAAAGCGCCGAGCUAUAGCCACAAUGGAGGGAAGAAGUCGUCUGCUAAAAGGUCACUACCGACGAAGACAAGAUGCGGUNUUCUGUCCCAUGACAACAAUUUGGCUAUAACUGACAAUUGUCCUGAUUGUAACGUGAUUAAUGCAGUGAACGUUUUAGCCUCACUGCUCAAGGCGUUCAGACUGUGUGGCGACAGAAGGUACAAUUUAGUCACUUCUGAGCAAUGAUUUCAAGCGUUUACAUUCAUACUUGCUUUUUGUUUACUUCAAGUUGGCACUAACUCCAGUUCUUGAAAAGGGAAUGAAACAGAGUGUAAUGUAAUUAAUGACACCAGAUCGACAGAUCGCAUUCAUCGUUAAAAGGAUAUGUCUUUUUGUAUCUAAUUAUCGGGUUGUAGUUGCUCAACUCCUCUUGUUCACAUUUUAGCCCAAGGACUGGGCUGCUACAGAGACACAAAGCGCCGAGCUAUAGCCACAAUGGAGGGAAGAAGUCGUCUGCUAAAAGGUCACUACCGACGAAGACAAGAUGCGGUACGAAAGUGUGCUUUAGCUGCAUACAAACGAGGCUAUAAAUUGUUCGCAGUGCAACACGGGGGAUGGUGUGCAGCAUCGCGUACUGGUUACCGAACAUACAGGACAUAUGGAAAAUCCAACAGGUGCAGAAAUGGCAAAGGAGGA